UGGUGUCUGUGUUUCAGGCUUGAAUAGAAUAAUUCAUCUGGGAUAUUUACUUUUAAUUAGCCUUGUUCUCUUCCAUAUUCCAAACUUGUUUUUCAAGAAGAGGGAUCCCUUUUCUCACAGGGAAUGCAAAAUUGCCGGUAAGGGUAAAUAGAUUUACAUCAGACAGAAGUAAAUUUUCAUUUUUCAGAAGGAAAAUACACGUUGAGACAAUUCAGCAGCUAUGCCAAAGAGCAAUAAGAAAGAUGUCAAGAAAAAAGAUGUCAAGAAGAAAGACAGUAAGACAGCAGAUGGUGAGAAGGCAGAAGAAUCUGUACAUGCUCCUGAUCCUGCACAAGAUACUACAGCUGAGAAUGGUUUAACAGAGCUGCCAGAUUUGCAGAGUGAUUCAGGGAAUGCUGUGGGAGAAACUCAGGCAGCUCCAGAGAUCCCAGAGGAGGCAGAGGAACCUCCAGUCCAACCUGUUCCCCGGUACCGGGAGGAGCCUAUUCUUGCUCAAGUUAUUGUAAAAAGCUAUGAAGGUGAACAAGUCAAUGGAUUGUAUGAGGGUGAAGGAUUUGCAUGUUUUGAGGGAGGGGAUACUUACAAGGGCACAUUUUCUGAGGGGUUUAUGCAUGGACAAGGGACUUACACGUGGGCUGAUGGAGUGAAGUACGAGGGAACAUUUGCUGAGAAUGUGCAGAUGUUUAAUGGCCGUUAUACGUGGAACGAUGGCAGCGUCUAUGAAGGAUCAAUCAAAGAUGGAAUUAGGAAUGGAUUUGGCUUUUUCAGGAGUGGAACUCGUCCUGUUUCUUACCUUGGCGAGUGGUGUAAUGGCAAAAGACAUGGCAAGGGUAUCAUUUAUUUUGAUGAGGAACAUGCCUCGUGGUACUCAGGUGAAUGGGUCAAUAACGUCAGAGAAGGAUGGGGAAUGAGACGCUACAAGUCUGGAAAUGUCUAUGAAGGUCAGUGGAAGAAAAAUGUACGACACGGUCAUGGAAGAAUGGUGUGGUUGGCAGCUAAUCAAGAGUAUGUAGGACAGUGGGUGAAUGGCAUCCAGCAUGGAUAUGGCACCCACGUGUGGUUUUUCAAGAGAGCACGUCUGUCUCAGUAUCCCCUGAGGAACGAGUACGUGGGUGAAUUCAGACGAGGGGAACGACACGGGCACGGCAAGUUCAUCUACGCCGGUGGAGCCGUGUACGAAGGCCAGUGGGCUCGUAAUAAGAAGCACGGCAAGGGCAAGUUUAUCUUCAAGAAUGGUCAUGCUUAUGAAGGAGAGUUCGUAGAUGAUCGUCUGGUAAAAGGUCCUCAACUGCAAGUGAAUGCAGUGAAUGCAAAAGAGCUGAGUGCCAUUGGUGCUCAUUCUAUCACUGAAAAUAUCACAAUCAUUGAUGACUCGGAAAGUCCUUCUAUCCUGGGGUCAGAUAUUGAGCUGGAUAUAUCUUCACUGCUUGACUUGUUCCCAAGGGAAGAGAGACAGGAAGAACUGCACCAAGUGGAAUGUGCUGUGCUGAGGAAUAUCACGAUGCUGAGAAGAGUCUACAGCUUCUACAGUGCCUUGGGCUGUGUUCACUCUCCUGACAACACUUUCCUCAUGACUAAGCUCCAGUUUUGGAGGUUCCUGAAGGACUGCCGGUUCCACCUCUCCAAAAUAAGCCUUGCUGAAAUGGAUCGGGUGGUGAGAGGUGGUAAACAACUUCUGGAGAUCCAUUGUCCCCAUGAGCUACUACUGUUCAGAACAUUUUUAUCUUACCUUGUUCAUCUGGCAUUUCAUAUCUAUCAUAAAAAGAACAAAGAGAAGGGUCGUUGUCUGGACAAGUGUUUCUCAGAAAUGAUGUCCAGGAACGUUAUUCCCACUGCCUGCUGUGUCCAAGGUAUCUUGUUUUCUGAAGAAAGAUACAGUGUUUUUGCCAUGAGCUACAUUGACAAAUGCUGGGAGAUAUACAGAGCUUUUCACAGCCGGGGGCUCAACCCUCCCUUUGAACCCACCAUGAAGAUAAGGCAAUUUGUUUGGAUGUUGGAUGAAUUGAAACUUUUCAACCAACAAUUAACUGUUUCGAGACUUGUGAAAAUACUUGUCAAAGUUGGUGCCUCUCGACGUUCUAGGACUGCUAUCAACAUGGAAACGGAGCUGGUUUUUCUGGAGUUUUUUGAAGCUCUCCUGGAAUGUGCAGUGGUGUACGUUACCCCUGACAUGGCUAAGGAGCACAUGGCUCAGGAUGAUCAGAACGGAGCUGGCUUUAGAUUCAAGAAUUUCUCCAGGGAAACCUCAACUUUGUCCCUGUACUCAGGAUAUUCUCAGCCACUGAGAUCUUGUGAAGAGAAAGAGCAGUGUCAGCAGGCAUCUCUUCUGGAGACUGUCCUGUCAUUUGCCCCAGCUUGUGCAGACACCAACGAUGAUCCGUCGUUGUUCAGCUGGGAUGCAGGGAAACAACCAGAUGCCUCUCCAACAAAGGAACUGGCAGAUGAAGCAGAAGAAGACAGAACUGAACAAGAUGAGGAAUUUUGUCUGUGGAUGUGUCAGGUGGAAAUCUUUUUCACAACUAAGCUCUUCCCUGCUUACCAGCAGGAGAAAGUGCUGAGGCAAAAAGUAGAAGAAAAGCAAAAGGAGGAUGUUGAAUUAGCUGAGCUGAGAAAGAUCAAGGAUGUGGAGCUGGCAAAACUCAUUGCUGAGAGAGAAGCAGAAGAGGAAAGAAGACGAGAAGCAGCUGCAGCAGAAGCAGCAGUUGCCUCCCAGAGCAUGGACGUUGAGGCGUCCGAGGAUCCUGAGCCACAGGAAGGGUCCCCACGGAAGGGAAGCAGAGCCCGCCUGUCGAAGGGGGAGGCACAGAGCGGAGAGCUCUCCCCAAGGAAAGAUUCCCACGGGAAAGAACCCUCCCAGAAGAAAGAGGCCCACAAAAAAGCCCCCUCAGUGAAGAAAGAGGCCAACCAGAAAGCCCCCUCAGUGAAGUCAGAGGCACAGAAGGCAGCACCUGCAGGUAACAAGGUGCCUGCGAACAAGACAAGGAAACCCUCUGGUAAAAACCACUGAAACUUCAAACCAGUUCUCUUCAAAUAGAAAAAAAAACCCCCAAACCAACACCAGAACAACACUUGUAGGGAGCUGAAAAAAUUAUAAGACUGUGUGCACAAGAAUUGAUUUCAAAGGGAAAC